ACUGAAAUCAUGGCAGGUCCAGAAACUGAUGCCCAGUUCCAGUUCACUGGUAUCAAAAAAUAUUUCAGCUCUUACACUCUCACAGGGAGAAUGAACUGUGUACUGGUCACAUAUGGAGGUAUUGCUUUGAUAGUCUUAUACUUCAAGUUAAGGACUAAAAGGACCCCAGCUGUGAAAGCAACAUAA